AUGGCAGAUCCCGAUGACCGAGACCCUGAAAAGGGUGGCUCUGCAGUAGUUGUCCAAACUAAGGGCAAUACUGGUAGACUUGGUGCUACGAAGCGUCAAGUCCGCUACUUUGACGAAAGUGACGAGAUUCAACAGAUUGGCCCUUCUACAAACAGUAAUGCCAAACUCAAGAGAAAAGGCUCGGCCUACUCUAUCCACUCCCUAUCAAGCAUAAGGAGUGGUCAACGAGAGGUUGAUCCUGCCACUGCGCUGCCUGUUUUAUACCGCACUUUGAGUAUAGACAUGGAGCGCAUGAAGAGUGAAAAGGACGCAGUUACUAGGAGAAGAUAUAGUGAUGCGACUAUGGCGGAUUUGGAGGAUCUCGAGUGGCAUACACUUUCUAUCCAAGACAUUUCGCAAAAACUGCACACUUCUCCAGAGAGUGGUCUCUCCAUGCAAGGUGUCAAAGAAAAAACCGAAGAGUUUGGACCCAAUACUCCAACCCCACCAAAGUCUCGACUGUUGCAAAAGAUAUUCUUUUAUCUCUUUGGAGGCUUUGGUUCCAUCCUUUUUGGUGGAAGCAUUCUCGUCUUUGUUUCAUGGAAGCCACUUGGUGAACCUGACCCUGCAGUGGCCAACUUGGCUCUGGGAAUCGUUUUGGCCAUUGUGUGGCUAGCACAAGCCGCAUUCAAUGCCUGGCAAGACUUUUCCUCUUCCAGAGUCAUGAAAAGCAUUACAGGCAUGCUUCCGGAAGAUUGCAGUGUUCUACGCGAGGGCAGCAGGAGAUUGGUUCCGGCAGCUGAAGUCGUCCCUGGAGAUGUUCUCUUUUUCAGUGCCGGCAACAAGCUACCAGCGGAUAUUCGCUUCAUUGACGUGUCAACUGAUGCGAAAUUCGACAGAAGUAUCCUGACUGGAGAAUCAAAUCCGCUGCCAGCAGUCACUGAGUCUUUAGAGAAGAACUAUCUCGAAACAAAAUGCAUUGGAAUGCAAGGGACUCAUUGUACCUCUGGAAGUGGUUUGGGGAUAGUUGUCGCGACAGGAGACAACACAGUCUUUGGCCGUAUCGCGAAGCUAACAAACAAACCAAAGACUGGCCAAACUGCACUUCAAAAGGAGAUUUUCAGAUUUGUUCUGAUUAUCGCAACGUUAAUGAUCUUCAUGGUUGUUGUGAUUGUUGCUCUGUGGGCGGGCUUCAUUCGUCACAAAUACCCCGAUUACAUCUCAGUCUCAACAUUGAUUGUGGACUGUGUAAGCGUGGCUAUUGCCUUUAUCCCAGAAGGCCUACCAAUCGCCUUGACUGCGUCGCUUACAAUUACUGCGGGCAUUAUGAAGAAGAAUAAUAUCCUCUGCAAAUCUCUCAAGACGGUGGAGACUCUGGGAACUGUUUCGGUGCUGUUAUCGGAUAAAACAGGGACUCUGACCAAGAAUCAAAUGACCGUGACAGAUUGCCUCAUCGGAUCCAAGGUCUUGACUGUCGCAGAGGCUUUGCAAGAGGUCGAAGACAAAUUCGAUUCACCCAAAAGGGCCACCCUCAAGCAACUUUGUGUUUAUUCUGCAGUCUGUAACGCUGGAGAGUUUGACCCCAUGACUAUUCAUCUUCCAAUCCCAGAGCGAAAGAUACUUGGUGAUGCGACCGACCAAGCCAUUCUUCGCCUGUCAGAGUUACUGGGCUCAGUAAAGCAGUCUCGCGAACUAUGGAUCAAAAGAUUUGACCUCGCAUUCAAUUCAAAGAACAAAUUCGCUUUACGUGUCAGCUCUGCUCGCGACCAAUCUUCAUUGGAAACUACGCUCUCUACUUCCGAGUUCGAUGUAUUUGACUCUCAAAAAGAUUACGUCCUAAUGAUCAAGGGUGCACCAGAUGUUUUGCUCUCUCGAUGCUCAAAAUAUGUUGGCGAGGAUGGUGAAGUGCAUGAGUUUGACCAGGCGAUUCGCUGGUCUAUUGAAGAAGCGAAGAAUUCAUGGUCAAGCGAAGGAAAACGUGUUUUGGCUCUUGCCCGCAAGGUUCUUCCAGGCAGCAUAAUUCAGACAAACCCAGAAGAUAAUUCAUUCGAAAGAGAAGCCCUGGAACUGGCACGGACGGGUCUUACGCUUAUCGGGCUUGUUGCGAUUGAAGACGCCCCAAGAGAAGAAGUCCCCAGUGUUAUUGAGACUCUGCAUCGCGCCGGAAUCCGUACCGCCAUGGUUACGGGAGAUUUCCAGCUCACAGCCCAAUCCAUUGCUCGCUCGUGUGGUAUUAUUAGCCUUCCAGACUCUGAAGUUCACAGCAUCGAGCAUCUCCCUCGCACGCCGCCCAACCCCAACUUCGGGCCCAAGAAAAAUAAUAAAUCCAACCACCUUCCAACAGAAAUCAAGGCAAUCGUCUUGACAGGCCAGGAUCUAAUGACUAUGCUCCCUCAUCAAUGGUACACUUUAGUCACAGAAUACUCGGAGAUCGUAUUUGCCCGUACUACGCCAGAGCAUAAGCUUCAAAUUGUGCGGGAAUUCCAGUCGCAGUCAUAUGUCGUCGCCAUGAUCGGAGACGGAGUAAAUGACGCCCCGAGUUUGAAGCAAGCCGAUAUUGGCAUUUCACCAGCAUCUGGCUCUGAUAUCGCUGUCGAGGCCGCAGAUAUGGUCCUGCUAAAUACAUUCUCUGCUAUCCCAGAGGCUGUUCUCUACGGUCGCGUAGUAUUUGACAAUUUGAAGAAGACAAUUGCAUACUUACUACCGGCUGGCUCUUGGUCAGAGUUCUGGCCGGUAUUUACUAAUGUGGCUUUCGGUCUGCCUCAGAUAUUGUCUUCAUUCCUCAUGAUUAUUAUAUGCUGCUUCACAGAUUGCGCAACCGCAAUUUCCUUGGCUUACGAGAAGCCAGAGGCCAACAUCAUGCUCCAGCCACCUCGUGAUAUUAUAAAUGACCGUCUCGUCGACUGGAAGCUACUUUUUCAAGCUUAUGGUUUUGUUGGUACAUUUGAGACAGCGCUCUCUUUCACAAUGUCGUAUUGGUACCUGCAGCGAAAGGGUUUAACUUUCGGGUCGCUAUGGUUCUCGUUUGGGUCAAUUCCGACGCCCGAGGGACAGACCGUGGACGAAGUUACUUCGCAUUUGACAGUGGCAUCAUCAGUCUACUUCAUAACGCUGGUCGUGAUGCAAUGGUUCAAUGCAAUGGCUCUGCGCACGCGGCACCUCUCAAUAUUCACGCAUCCACCACUGUUCAACCCCAAGACUCAAAACUGGCUCCUUUUCCCGGCCAUCUUAUUUGCUCUUGCUAUUGGUUUAAUAUUCACGAUGAUUCCUGGCAUUGAUUACCUUGGUUGCGCCCCAGUCCCAGUGGAGCAUUGGUUCAUUCCUAUGGCAUUAGGUCUUGGCUUGCUAUGCAUUGAUGAGCUGAGGAAGAUGAUGAAGAGAAGAUAUCCUAGUGGGUUAGUCGCAAAAAUUGCUUGGUAA